CAUUCACUAUUUCUGAUGGUUUUCCUUUUAUGUACGUCGCACUUCCAUCAUAAAUCAUUUAUCAAACUCAGUCAUAUCAAUAUCCCAUCCCGACCGAAAUACUGCAUUUUUGUAAAAUUCAUUCUCCUACGGUUUUAAAUUUUGGCCGGGAACAAUGCUCAUGUCAAUUUUGCAUGCUUUUCCAUCGCGAACAUAACUACCAUUUUUUCUCAUCUCAUCGCAAAUAUCUGGAAUUCCACGCUAUUCAAGAAAAUCCAUAUCAACAUCAACUCGUUUUACACACCUGAGUAGGAUGUUUUCUGUUCGUAGAUUCAUCAAUGACUUGAAUUUUUAUCAUUUCUUUGUGCUAAACUCUGUACAAAGCGUUUAAUUACGUUUACAUUGAUGCGACGAGUAUCCGAAUCCGGUGGAUAAAUGAUGGACGAUGAUCCAGAUUUAAGAGAGCAGAUUUUCCAUAAUACUGUCAGAGAGAAUAUUAUUUUUCUGUUGUUGUUUUUACUAUUGUACGUAUCCAGUUAUGCGGUCAUCGGUCAAUUCAAAAGGAAAGAUGACGAAGAUUAUAUUACCGAAGACAGCGACGACGUAUUAGUCUACCAAAUAAGCUUAUGGCUCUGUACAUUUUCGCUGGCCAUAUCAGCAGGCGCUGCUUUUCUAUUGCCAUUCUCGAUUGCGAGUAAUGAAGUUUUACUACUGUAUCCGAACAGUUAUUACGUACAAUGGCUGAAUCAUUCUCUCGUACAAGGAUUGUGGAAUCAUAUUUUUCUGUUUUCCAAUCUUUCGUUAUUUGUUUUACUCCCCUUUGCGUACUUUUUCAUCGAAUCAGAAGGAUUUUCUGGUCACCGAAAAGGUAUCAAAGCUCGUGUUUACGAAACCACGGUUGUGUUAUUAAUUCUAUUCAUUUUCAUCGGAGGUAUUACGUAUUUGAUAUCUUCGCUGAUAGAUGGUUCCAGGACAUCUGGCAUUCUCUCGCUGCUAAAUUUAUGGGGAUAUCAUUUACCGUUCCUGUAUUCCUGUAUCUCCUUUCUCGGAGUGUUGAUGCUGCUUCUAUGCACCCCACUGGGUUUCGCUAGAUUAUUCACCGUUGUUGGACAAUUUUUAGUGAAACCGCAAUUUUUAAGGGAUAUCGAAGAAGAAUAUUUGGUGGCUACGCUGGAAGAACAAUCGAUCAGGAGGAGAUUAGAAAACGUUUGUGAAACUGGGAAAUAUUUAUCUCCUGUUCCCUUAUUCUCUGAUGAUUUAAAGUAUAAACCAGAUGAAUACGAUUCGGUGUUGAAAUUACAAAAUGGAGCCCUUCGACGUGGUCUCUUGGAGAAAUUACAGCAAAUUCAAGAAACCGUGGAAGUUCUAGAUUUUCAAAGAAGAACUUCUUUUCUACAGAGAAAUUUUAUUUAUCCUUUAGCGAUGAUUGUUCUCUUGGCGUUUACGGUGAUCACAGUAUUCAUUGUAUUACAGAAUACUAUAGAGUUGCUUAUUGGGUUCAAAGCAUUGCCUAUCAGCACUCGACAAUUUACAUUAGGCAUUAGUUCAUUAUCGAAACUAGGUCCGUUUGGAGCAGCGUUAGAAGUGAUUUUGAUACUGUAUUUGACCGUCACCUCCACAAUAGGAUUAUAUUCUAUUCCAGUAUUAUCGCAAAUACAACCCAAGUUCAAGAAAACCUCGUUUGUUCACUUGAUCGUGAAUUGUGCUUUAGUUUUAAUUUUAAGUUCAGCGUUGCCCUUACUAUCGAAGAUAUUAGGUUUCACGAAUUUCGAUCUUCUCGGUGAUUUUGGCCAAAUCGAAUGGUUAGGCAAUUUUAAAAUUGUAUUGAUUUACAAUUUAGUGUUCAUGGUGGCAACUGUUUUAUGCCUAGUGACGAAAGUCACGGCAAGUGUGCGACGAGAAUUGUAUCGAAGAUUGAAAAGUAUUUGUUCUUGGGUUGUCCUGAAGAUCAAACCCAGAAAUCGGGCUCAAGUUCCUUUCGCUUCGUCUCAAUCGUCUAAAGAAGACUGAAUGUUUUGCUUAUCUUUUCUAGUCGUUGAUUUUUUUCCCACCCAGUGCAUUGGGUUUUCCACAUUUCUUUCAAUUCCUUAUUCUAAUAGCGCAAAUAUUUUUUUUACUAUUCUGUUUUCCUUAUGUGUGAAUUGCAUUGUUUUUUUUUUGUUUUUGUAAAAGUAAUUUUGUAUUUUUUUUCUUCAUUUUGUGUAAAUACGAAGUGUUUUAUUUUGUUCGUAUUUUGUUUUUUUAUGAACUAUAUUCGAAAAACUAGAAGUAGGUUUUUCUGUAUUGUGAUCACAUUGUGUUUUAAUUGUUUUCGUUUCUCUUUUUUUCUCCUUUUUAUUGAGCUGGACUGUCAUUUUCGAGGCAGCCUCAGUGAGAAAUAAGUUUAAGUUAUGUGUUUUUUCGAUUGCAUGUUCGAAGUACCUGUACGUAGUAAAUAAUUGGAGAGUAAUUCGUUGUGAGCUGAUUAGAAAGUAUUUUCUUUUACGCGGGUUCUCGAGAAUCUAGAUUUUGAAUAAAACAGAAUCGUGAAUUUUAAAACUGACCUUCGGUUAUUUUAUCAUUUUUUACAGUAAAUUUCAGAGCACUUGGAUUCUGUAUGUACAAAGUCCGGAAUUAGAAAUCAGUGUAAAAAGAACAUACUUUCUUACAUAGUUGCUCAUCGAUUGAUGAAUAGAUUAGAAUAUUCCAUGUGUGUAAAAUCUUAUCACAAAAUAAUAUGUCGUUUUCAAUACAUUUUUGCCCUGAUUUGUACUUUAA